AUGCAGUACUUCAAAAAAUAUGCCGAAACUCAUGCAUCUGAAUUUGAUGAGAUAGUGAGACUUUUGUCAUUUUCUAACUGGGAAUUCUUGGACAUAGUCACCCCACUAGCCCUGGCCAAUGCCGGAUUCUACCGACUCGAAAGCCAUGAAAUUCCAGAUGCUGUUAAAUGUGCUUUCUGCCAUUUAGUACUCAUAAACUGGAAAGUUACUGAUGUUGUCAUCGAUGAACACAGAGCCAAAAGAGCCAACUGUCAAUUUAUUAGAAAUCGAGCUAGCACUACAAAUGUACCAAUCGAUCCCAAGUUACUCUUCUGUCAUAGUUAUAUUAACUCUGACAAUGAAAGCACCACGCACAGUUACAAUAAUGAUAAUAAAACUAAUAGUAAUAACCAUGCUAUUAAUUACAAUCGAGCGAUGGAGGAGAACACGAGGUUGAAAGAAUUAAGACAGUGUAAAGUCUGCCUGGACAAAGAGAUGGACACUGUUUUCCUUCCCUGUGGUCACUUCAUGUGCUGCACGUCGUGUGCCGCUAAAAUAAACAACUGUGCCGUCUGUAGGCUUUUAAUUAGGGGUACUGUCAACGCUUUUAUACCCCCUGUCUGA